AUGCCGCCAACACCAGAUCAGCUGUACGCCAUCUCCGUCACGGAGCGGGUCUGCUCGGUCGUCUCUCUCCUCGGGACAGGUAUCGUUGUCGUCUCUUUUCUGUACUCCAGCGCAUUCCGCAAGCCGAUCAAUCGCCUCGUGUUCUACGCCUGCUGGGGAAAUGUUAUGGCCAACAUCGCGACGGUCGUCUCUCAAUCAGGGAUCCGUGCGGGAUUGUCGUCUCCUCUAUGCCAGUUUCAAGGUUUCUUAAUCCAGUGGUUCAUGCCCGCCGAUGCACUAUGGACCCUCGCGAUGGCCUGUAACGUCUAUCUCACCUUCUUCCGUAAAUACAACUCCGAUCAGCUGCGAAAGCAAGAAUGGAAAUACCUUUUGUUCUGCUACGGACUGCCGUUUAUCCCGGCUUUUGUCUACUUCUUUGUCCGGAGCAGGUCCCGCGGCCGGGUCUACGGUUCCGCCGUGCUGUGGUGCUGGAUCUCGCCGUCGUGGGACUACUUGCGUCUCGCGGUCUUCUACGGUCCCGUCUGGUUCGUCAUCUUCCUGACUUUGGGCAUCUACGCGCGCACGGGGCGGGUGAUCUACCGAAAGCGACGCGAGCUGGAACAACUGGGGACCAUCGAAUCGAAUAUCGACAUCGAGAAUAUCAGCAUCGAAAAUGUCGACCUCGAGACUCCGCUCGCGCAGACCGUCUCCAAGGUCACCCGUGUCCACAUUACGAGCGAGUUGUCGAAUGACUGCGAAGCGUCCGGGUCGAACAGAGAUUCCUCGCUUCCAACGACGACGCCGACGAACAUCCGGCCUCCGUACGACCCGUACUCGAUCACAAUAGAAGGUGGCGCGAGGAUAGAGCGGAAUGGUAGUGUUGGGUACGAGACUGCCAGAUACGACGAACAGCAGUGGCUGGCACAGCGGCGCGCCUUGGGACCAGACGCUAGUCAAGCGGCGUGGGUGUACACCAAAUACGCGAUGCUGUUUUUCAUCGCUCUGAUCAUUACCUGGGUUCCGUCGACCAUCAACCGCGUAUAUGCUCUUGCAUUUCCGGACGCGUUCAACUUCCCCCUCAACUACAUCGCGAGUUUUGUCCUUCCGCUGCAGGGUUUCUGGAACAGCAUUAUCUACGUGUCAAUAUCGUGGCCGGCGUUUAAGGCAACGUUUGAAGAAUGGAAGAUGGGGAGGAGGCAGUGCCAUGCGCAUUCGUGGUACAACGCUGGGAAUCCGGUGGUGUCCAAACGGCCCUGUUAUGCAAGUGGUGCUCGUCAACAGUUUCGUUCAUUUUAG